AUGAUUUCUCCAUGGAGAGUGAGCGAGGCAUACACAUUCUUCGAUGCCAACACCAAAGUGGGUCUUGACUACGACAUUUCGGCCAGAGGAGAUAUUUCCUCGGAUAACAACAUUGAAUUUCCACUCCAACAUACUGCUCUAAGUAUGUAUGAGUUCAGACAUCCUGGAAUCGGCCAUUUUCGACCGUGGUUCAAUGCCGACGUUGGCGUGACUGGAGAGAUCGACUUGGAAGGCAACUUCACGAUUUCGUAUCAGGCUUCAACUGCAGGAUCAAUCUCUCAAGGGUACCCAUCAGCAGGUCUUGGGAAUCCUUAUGGGUACGGGGUGAUGAGUCCCAAGGGGGAUCCCUUCAAGGGCGCGAUCAAAAGCGCGUCCUCCGGAGGCUUGAAGAUUCGCACCACAACCCAAACAGGGCUCGAAAUUGUCUUUAACACGUAUGGAAACUCGGGUGAGUUUCUCGGCGUCAACAUCACCGGCACUACAGACACAUACACUGCACUGCAAGUAGAGAAUAACAAAUACACAGUGUCCGUAGGAUCGGACAAGGCUUCCGCAGGUCUCAUCUACGCCAGUGGUGGCAGCGAAAUCAUUUCUGCAUGGAACCCCGACUCUUCUACUACAGUCCUAUUGGGAGACAGAUUGGGCGCCAAACAGGUUGCAUCGGGAUCAUCGGGCGACGACAAAGAUCCUAGUAAAGGUCCAAACCCGCACUACAUUGAAUAUGAUGGCGACGCGACAUUAGCACAUUUUAAGAACAUGCUCAGCUGUCCCGCUGGAAGCGCACCAACCUGUGGACUCAUCUUGUGUGGCACAAAAAACUUAGACUGUUCCGACGACGAGGACCUUCCCUACACUCAGUACCGCGGUAGUGAAGAGAAGAGGGGUAUACUGUCGAGCGAAGUAUCUAAUUCUGUGUAUAAAGAGAAGGAAGGAGUGCACUCAGCUGGUCAUAGUCAUGCUGCGUUCCAUCACAAGGACGCUCGCGCCCAUCUUGUUCCCCGUUCAAAGAAAAGGAAAUUUGAAGUCCCUGAACCGGGCAACGACAAGGGCAAAAAGCGGGCGAUCGAAUAUGAUGAUGCGCCUCACGUUCCCGCUGGUGGUUGGGACGCCUAUCCUGGAGGCGAUGAGAAUUACAACAACGCAUAUGCACUUGCUGAUUACGAUGAUUGUCAUGAUGCUACAAUUGUCUCACAUAUUGUACCAGAGAAAGCGGACGUUGAUGAAAAUAGCUUACACUUUGCGACGGAACAUAUUGCAGAGAUGAACAUGAUCCCUACUUUCUUGGAACAGGCGGCGGCGGGAGAGCUUCCCUCAGGGGACACGCCCGCGCUAGAAGCAAUCAACGGGAACUUCUUCAUAAGACAUUGGAGACAACGAAACUACUUGCCCGAGACCGUCUCUGACCUUGCUGGGGGCGAGAGUAGUCGAACAAUGGCGGAGAGGGUGCCCAUUACCAUGGGCAGUAAGUCCAACAGAGGUUACUUCGUUCUUUUGGAGCGCGAUCUCAACAGUAUGAAGUCAAGGCUGUGGCGGUUUGCCAGGUUCUUUGAUGUGGAUGCUUUCGCCACGGAUUUCAACAACAAUGAAGCCAACAUCAUGGAGGCCGUAACCUCCUUCCGAUAUGCAAAGGCCGUGUUCAAUUACCUCAAUGUUCCACGGGUCAAUCGAAACAUGAUUGGCGUUCUGAACAAUCUACGCAGCGAAUUCCAACUGUACCAGAACCAGUGGAACUCGGACAACCCCAACGAGACAAUCAAUUUGGUGGGCUAUUGGGAUGUGUGGAUCAGAGACUUCUUCCGGCAUUUCAGAGAGUUCACGGUUGGUGUAGCUGAGCGCUCGUACCUGGCACUGCAGCAACUUGCACCGUCAGGCGAUGACGAGUUCGAAGCUGCUUUAGUUCUGAUUGAGGACUGGAUAGAAGAACUCAAGGGCUCAUCCGUUGCGCUUACUGGAUUGGAUUAG